AUGGUGAUUAAUACAGUGACAGACAGACAGGGAGGCCUCAAGGAGGUUGAAGUUAACCCUGUACUGCCAGCCACACAGGCCAGCCACCAGGCCAGCCACACAGGCCAGCCACCAAUCCAGCCACACAGGCCAGCCACCAGGCCAGCCACACAGACCAGCCACCAAUCCAGCCACACAGGCCAGCCACACAGGCCAGCCACACAGGCCAGCCACCAAUCCAGCCACACAGGCCAGCCACCAGGCCAGCCACCAGGCCAGCCACACAGGCCAGCCACCAAUCCAGCCACACAGGCCAGCCACCAAUCCAGCCACACAGGCCAGCCAUCAGGCCAGCCACCAGGCCAGCCACACAGGCCAGCCACCAAUCCAGCCACACAGGCCAGCCACCAAUCCAGCCACACAGGCCAGCCACCAGGCCAGCCACACAGGCCAGCCACACAGGCCAGUCACCAAUCCAGCCACAAAGGCCAGCCACCAGGCCAGCCACACAGGCCAGCCACCAAUCCAGCCACCAAUCCAGCCACACAGGCCAGCCACCAGACCAGCCACACAGGCCAGCCACCAAUCCAGCCACACAGGCCAGCCACACAGGCCAGCCACACAGGCCAGCCACACAGGCCAGCCACCAAUCCAGCCACACAGGCCAGCCACCAGGCCAGCCACCAGGCCAGCCACACAGGCCAGCCACCAAUCCAGCCACACAGACCAGCCACACAGGCCAGCCACCAAUCCAGCCACACAGGCCAGCCAUCAGGCCAGCCACCAGGCCAGCCACACAGGCCAGCCACCAAUCCAGCCACACAGGCCAGCCACCAAUCCAGCCACACAGGCCAGCCACCAGGCCAGCCACACAGGCCAGCCACACAGGCCAGUCACCAAUCCAGCCACAAAGGCCAGCCACCAGGCCAGCCACACAGGCCAGCCACCAAUCCAGCCACCAAUCCAGCCACACAGGCCAGCCACCAGGCCAACCACACAGGCCAGCCACACAGGCCAGCCACACAGGCCAGCCAAACAGGCCAGCCACACAGGCCAGCCACCAAUCCAGCCACACAGGCCAGCCACACAGGCCAGCCACACAGGCCAGCCACACAGGCCAGCCACACAGGCCAGCCACACAGGCCAGCCACACAGGCCAGCCACUAA